AUGAAGUCUUCUGUCACCGUCUUCGCUUCGGCCCUCUCAAACCUCAUCCUAGCUGCUUUUACCGACGCUGCCAUCAUCGAGAUCGAUAUCUUCAAUGCUCCAGGUCGUCACUCCCCCUCCCCAGAGGCGGCACAGUCCUCCCGCCUCCUUCUGUCGUCGGUAAUUGCGAAGGGUUUCGAACAGGACGGCACACCCGGCUUCACUCCUUCACUCACGUCCAACAACAACUUCAUCAACUUUUGCGCCCUCUACCCCAAGAUGAACAUCACCAACGGCAGGCUCAUCAACGAGGGCUCCUGCAACCAGACCCCGAUGGGCCUCCUCGCCUCGAUCGACAACAUGCCGUCCGUCAAGUUCGUCUACCCAAAGAACGGCGGCACGGUCGCCCCCAACACCAACUUCACCGUCCAAAUGGCGGUCCGCCACCUCACCACCGGCUGGGCCUCGAAUGCGCUCACGAACUUCUACGCCGCGCCGCAGACGCUUGACGCCGCCACGAACGACAUUCAGGGCCACUCGCACGUCGUCAUUGACCGCCUCCCGGCCCUCGACUCGACGGCGCCGACGGACCCGAAGAAUGACUUUGUGUUCUUCGCCGCGCUCGGCGAGCCCGCCAAGGACGGCAUCCUUUCCGUCACCGUGGGGGGCGGCCUGCCGAUGGGGACGUACCGCAUGGCGUCUGUCAACGUGGCGACGAACCACCAGCCGGUGCUCGUCGCACCCGCUCAGCACGGUGCUCUCGACGAUAUGGUUUAG